UUUGUGCAGCAGCCGCGAAUCAGGCCUCCCAUUUGGCAAGAUCUGCCCUCGCGUGUCGCGCUCUGUCCGCCAUGUCCUGAGGCUGACGACCGACGCGACGUCCAUCAGCAACGGACGUCCAUCUUUCCACCGGUGAGGGCGUGUAUCCACUCGCUGCACGUCGGCGGCGUGAAGGGUCGGCGCACGUCGCCUAGCGCGCCACAUCCAGGGCUGAGUAAGGGCCAUGUCCGGUGACGAGAUUCUCGUCGCGCAUCUCCUCCGCGACAUCUGCCUCCUCCGCGCGAUGAGCGCUCCGCCAUGGACAUGCAAUGACCGGAAGCGCCGGCGGCAUGCAGACUCCUCCCGACAGCGACUGGGAGGUGCGGCGGGAGGAUGCCGAUGACGACAGCGACGAGUGGGUUCGUGCCGGACGCAAGCAACGGCGCCACCUCGAAUCCUCCAAGCAUGUGGCCGCUGCUGCGUGGAAAGACAAGCAAAUCGUGCGACGGCAAAGGCGCAACCUCCGACAACAGCCUCCCUUGACUCCAGACAGCGGCAGCGAUGUCGGGCUGUUGGUGUACAAACCGACUUCUUCCACGACGCGCUUGCGGACGGAGCUCGUCGACAUGAUGGUCCGGACGCAUCGCAGCGAGAUCUGGUACGAUUUGGUGCCCGCACGCAUCGGCCACAGCGAUGCUAUCGAUUCCGCCGCCAAAGCGCUGGUCAAGGCCUCAGACUUUGCUCAGAAGCGCACCAAUGUCACCGAAGAGAGCUGCCUGAGUAGCUACAAUCGUGCUCUCGCUGCGGUACGCGAUGGCAUGAUCAAGUCGUCCUCCGGCGACGACCUCCUGUGUGCUGUUGCAUUACUGGUCAACUUCGAGCGUUUGUUCUCCGGCUGGACCUCCGCGCCGAUGAGAUCGCACAUGCAUGGCAUCAUGGCAAUCUUCAUGGCCCAGGCCAAAGGGUCCCAACAAAAGCCACCUUCAGAGUUGACACGCACGCUGGUAUACGUAUUCUGGGCAGUAGGCUUCAUCGGACCCUGCGUGAUGGGCAUCCCGUCUCCCCUGGAGAUCCCGCGGUACUUGGACAUGGAACCGGUGCUGUUUGCCAAGGACCGCAUGUCGUGUCCCUCGCACGUGGUCGCGCGAUUGAGGAAGUUGGGCAACCAGCACUUUAUCCGACUGCCGCGCUUGAUCACUCUGAUGAAGGGCGUACAAGUAGAGCAGAAGCUAAUGAACAUUGAGCCUGCGCUUAAUCUCGCGAAGGAACUUCUGGACCUGCAGGACGAGGACGCAGAGACGGAGUUGCUCCACCAUGUCACUGUUCAAAAGACAGAAGAGGCAGAGGGAGUCGAAACGAUGACGUAUCUGAUGAAGUUCAACACGAUGCCGGAGUUCGAAGCAGCCAUGCAUUAUUGGUCCACUCGCAUGUUCCUGUUCCGAUUGUGCUGGCGAAUGAGUCGACUGUUCGCAAGCAAGUACCAGGCACGGGACAUGUGGUCCAAAGAGAAGCUAGAAUCGCAGAUCUCCAGAAUGGGCGCUAAUGUCCUCAUGGCCGCGCCUUGGGGACUGGGAAAAGGUGAGACGGGUCGUAGCUGUUGUGUGCUUGACUUGGUAGCAGUGUGGGGUGCAUUGAAUGACUUUGAUGUCUUCGCGGCGCGGAAGAUGACACCAGCGAAGGCGCGAUCGCUGCUGCUGUAUGCUGGAAAGCAAGUCAUGUCGUUGUCAGGUCCAACGGCAGACGCCGAGUGUGGAGAACGGUUGAGUGCUGCGGCCGAGUUGUUUGUUGGAGGUCAGAGCAAGGGCAUUCUGGCUUUCACCUUUUCAAAAUCUUCGGGCUGAAUGUGAAGGACUGGUGGCCGAAAUCUAUUUCGCUUUCUCAGCGUUUGCAUGAGGAAUUUCGCUUGCAGAACGCCUUGCCUCUGUGCCCGACUGCUGGUCCAUGGACCCAGUCGCCGGAAAUAUGUAUCCUGGUUUGCAUGGAGCGGCGCAUGGCAUGAUAUCUGGAACAAAUUCCUCGGAAGAGUCGAUCAGGUCCUCACCACACAUUGUGGAACAAAGUACGUGUCGGUUGAGCCGAGCGAAAGCCAGAGCGACCAAGAUCAUCAAUGUCGCUACCAUGAUGAGGAUCCGUUCCCCUCUGCCCGGGGAGGCCGCCAUUGGAACAGUGCAGACUCGCACACCAUGCCAACUUGAACUGCAUUCCGUCAAUUGAGUGCAUGUGGUGCAUGUGGUGAGGGGGUACAAGAUAUAGAUAGAUGGCAGCACCUUCGUUGCCGCGUUCAUUGCACAGGUCUCUGGUGGAGCAUCUUCAGCUAUCUAUCCACCGAUUCGUUACCGUUGAUGCAUCGUCGCUGCCUCCCCUUACCCAGCUUGGAUCUGGUAAGGUACGGAACGUGCCUAGCGCCGCCCGCCAAUUACCAAAGCUCGAAAUUCUCGUCCAAGCUCCAACCA